UCACCGGCGGCCAGGCGCUGCUUUUUAUUCCCCGGCCCCGCUACCUUCCGCCCCGAGCCCGGCGGUCAGAGCUGCGCGGAGACUCCUGCGGCACAGCCAGCCUUGUAACUCUGUCGGAGGGGGACCUGCGUGUGGGGGUUCUGCAACAUGGACUGUGUCGCUGCAGCCAAUACUGCCUUUGCCCUUGACCUUUACAAGAAGCUGAGUGAAGAUGAUCCUAAAAAGAACUUGUUUUUUUCCCCAAUGAGCAUUACUUCUGCUCUGGCAAUGGUCCUUCUGGGUGCAGAAGGCAAUACUGCAGCCCAGAUGUCAAAGGUGCUGUCUGUGGACAAAACUGAAGAGAUCCACCAGGGACACCAGCAACUGAUUUCUGAAAUCAACAAACCGGGCACCAAAUACUUACUUAGAUUGGCCAACAGGCUUUAUGGAGAAGCAACGUACGACUUCCUCACAACUUUUACAGAUGCAUGUGAGAAGUUUUACCACGCAGGUUUAGAGAGACUUAACUUUGUUGCAAAACCAGAUGAUUCUAGAAGACACAUAAAUUCCUGGGUAGAAGAAAAGACAGCAGGUAAAAUCAAAAACCUGCUCCCUGAUGGAUUAGUUGACUCUCUGACCAAGCUGGUCUUGGUGAAUGCCAUCUACUUCAAGGGAAACUGGGCAAACCAGUUCCUCCAGGAUCACACAAAGGAAAGGCCAUUCAGAAUUAACAAGAAUGAAAGCAGGCCUGUGCAAAUGAUGUACAAGAAAGCAAAAUUCAACCUGACCUACCUGCCGGAUUACCAAACCAAGGUCCUUGAGGUCCCUUAUGUCGAAAAUGAGCUGAGCAUGAUCAUUCUGCUUCCCGACGAAAUCCAAGACAAUUCCACCGGUCUGGAAAAGCUGGAGAGAGAAAUGACCUACGAGAAACUCAGGGACUGGCUGAACCCGGAGAUGAUGGACCUGACGGAAGUCGAGUUGUCUUUGCCCAAGUUUAAACUAGAAGAAAAAUACGACCUGAAGCCGGUUCUGAGCUGCAUGGGCAUGCCAGAAGCCUUCGACGUGGGCAAGGCGAACUUCCGCGGGAUGUCAUCCAGCAACGACUUGGUCCUCUCACAGGUUGUCCACAAGUCCUUCAUCGAGGUCAACGAAGAGGGAACGGAGGCAGCCGCGGCCACCGCCGCCGUGAUGAUGUUGCGGUGUGCGAUGAUCGUGCCACGAUUCACGGCUGACCACCCCUUCCUCUUUUUUAUCCAGCACAACAAAACAGGGACCAUUCUGUUCUAUGGGAGGUUUUCUUCUCCCUAAAGUGCCUUGUGGUCUGUCUGUACACAGUCCCACUGUAGUUCAGAGAGGGUUUCUGACCUCUCAUCAAUAUCCUUAUAAAUGGUGUCUCUUAUACUGGGCCUCCUUUCUGCUGCCUGCAGCAAGUUUUGUAGAGCUCCGUUAAUAGUUGGCUUGAUAUAAAGAAAACCCCUCCAUUGGAGCAAAAAUGGCCUGCUCACAAUUCAUAUUAAGAUGACCCUGUGUUCUUAUGUGCCUUAUGUAAUUAGGAGACUCUCACCACCUUAAGUGAUGCUGCUAAUGAAGUAGCAGACCUUAUUAAUUGCACUCAUCUCUCCUUUGGGGGGUGCAUGUGUUUUGCUAAGAAAAGCAGAGGGCUUGCUUCCUAGGUGACCUGUCACCCACUGAAUUUUGUGGUCUUCCUUUUUUCCAGGAUGCUCAAUGUCCAUUCUUGAUCUUCCUUUUUCCAGGAUGCUUCGUACAUAACAAAAAAAUGCUGUAAAACGAGUUUUACCAAAGGGUCUUAAACACCGUGAAUAUUUGUUUAUCAUCAGCUUUGAGUGUUUAAUGCUGCACAUGCCGCUUGCAACGUAUUUGAGUGCAGUACCAGAAUUUUCUAAACAAAUGACAGAUGUAAAAAUCAAGCGCCUGAACGGUCCUUCUAGAAAGAAUGAUACAUUUUCUGUACGUGCAGACAACGUUGUACUUGUCCCUGUGAAUUGUAUUCUGAAGUUCGGACUCUGGUGGAGUUGCUCCUUUCACAAGAUAUGAAACUAAGCAGCUUAUAUACACAGUCACAGGCAAGGGAUGUGUCGUUUGUUGAACCUGUUAAUUGGUUGUGAUGCGUAAUAUAAAUGUUAACACUUCGCCUGAAUCCUUCUGUUUUCUUUCAUAAUAUCACUGAAGUUUCUUGGACUUCCCAGGCAGCAGACAUGUUCACAAAUAAAAAUCAU